AUGCCGAGGCCCAUCUUGUCAGUCAUUUCCUUUUGUCAUCGGCUUGGCAGACAGGAGAGAAAAUGGAGCUUCGUGGGAGGCACCAGCAACAGUUCGCCCCGCUCACCAUUCCCCAAGUUGGAGCUGGGCCUGGUGUCCCUGCCCACGGGCACCUGGGAACUCCCAGCCUGCGCCAUCUGCCUGGAGAGGCUGCGUGAGCCCGUGUCGCUGGACUGUGGCCAUGACUUCUGUGUUCAGUGCUUCAGAACGCACCGUGCCCAGGGCUGCCAGCCACCCUGCUGCCCCGAGUGCCGCAAGAUAUGCAGGCAGAAGAAGGGGCUUCGCAGCUUGGGGGAGAAGAUGAAGCUGCUGCCACAGAAGCCGCUGCUCCCUGCAGUGCAGGAGACAUGUGACGUGAAGGCCGAGCCGCUGCUGCUAGUGCGAAUCAGUGCCUCCGGGGGCCUCAUCCUCAGGAUGGGGGCCAUUAACCGCUGCCUGAAGCACCCCCUGGCCAGGGAUACUCCCGUCUGCCUCCUCGCCAUCCUAGGGGAGCAGCGCUCGGGGAAAUCCUUCCUCCUCAACCACUUGCUCCAGGGCUUGCCAGGCCUGGAGUCUGGCAAGGGUGGCUGGCCGAGAGGAGGGGGGCCCCUGCAGGGGCUCAGUUGGGGCGCCAGUAGCCUUACCAGGGGCAUCUGGAUGUGGAGCCGCCCCUUCCUGCUGGGGAAAGAAGGGAAGAAGGUGGCUGUGUUCCUGGUGGACACUGAAGGCGCCAUGAGCCCUGAGCUGAGUAGAGAGACCAGGACCAAGCUGUGUGCUCUCACCACCAUGCUGAGCUCCUACCAGAUCCUCAACACCUCCCAGGAGCUGAAGGAUAGAGACCUGGAAUACCUAGAGAUGUUUGUCCAUGUGGCGGAGGUGAUAGGCAAGCACUAUGGGAUGGUUCCAAUCCAGCAUCUGGAUCUCUUAGUUCAAGACUCAUCUCGCCCCAAAAAGGCAGGGCCGGGGCACGUGGGUGACAUCAUCCAGAAGUUAUCGGGCAAAUACCCCAAGCUUCAGGUACUGCUUCAAGGGAAACAAGCUCGUUGUUACCUCCUGCCUUCUGCAGGGAGGCGGUGGGUGGACGAAGGCCAUGGAAGUCCUGGUGACCCAGAGGAGGAUUUUGGCAGCCUUCUUCACGCCUACGUUGUGGAUGUGCUGAGUACAGCCCCCCAGCAUGCCAAGAGCCGCUGCCGGGGGCCCUGGAGUGAGGGACGAGCCAUUGCCCGGGGGGACAGAUGCCUGCUCACUGGCCAGCAGUUAGCUCAGGAAAUCAAGAACCUCUCAGGCUGGAUGGGGAAGACAGUGCCCAGCUUCACCUCUCCGGAAGAGAUGGCUGCCCAGCUUCAUGACCUAAGGCAAGUGGAGGCUGCCAAGAAGGAAUUUGAGGAGUUCGUGAGGCAGCAGGACUUGGCUACCAAGCGCAUAUUCUCUGCCCUCCGGGUGCUGCCCGACACCAUGCGAAACCUGCUUUCUGCGCAGAGAGAUGCUGUCCUGGCUCGGCACAGUGUUGCCUUACUGUGCCCAGGGAGAUCUCAGACCUUGGAGGCCUUGGAGGCGGAGCUGCAGGCCAUGGCCAAGGUCUUCAUGGACACGUAUACGGUGCGGUUCUGUGGCCACCUGGCGGCUGUGGGGGGUGCUGUGGGUGCCGGGUUCAUGGGCCUGGCAGGCGGGGUGGUGGGUGCAGGCAUGGCAGCAGCAGCUCUGGCUGCAGAGGCUGGCAUGGUGGCAGCUGGAGCUGCAGUGGGGGCCACGGGGGCCGCUGUGGUAGGGGGCAGUGUCGGUGCUGGGCUGGCUGCCACCGUAGGCUGCAUGGAGAAGGAGGAGAAUGAGAGAGUGCAAGAAGGGGAUCAAGAGCCCCUUCUUCAGGAAGAGUAGGA